GUCUGUGCCUACCCGACCCAGAGGAGCCCAGCAUGGCCCACGCUCUGCUCCUCGCAGCGUCUGCCCUGUUCUGCCUCGUGCUGGGAGGCAGCAAUCUGCGUUGCAGACAAUGUGCCCUGAACGAGCCCUACAUCGGUUGCCUCCCCGGAGUCUCUGAGUGCACCCCUAAGGCCGGGCAUCCAUGCAUGACUGUCAACAUCGGCUAUAGAGGUGAGGUGCAGUUCCUCCUCCAGGGCUGCAUCAUGAAUCCCAGCCGCUGCGGGAUGGUGAAGGAGUUGAUGGUUCCCGAGUACCACAUCAACAUCACCUGCUGCUCCCACGCCUCCUUCUGCAACGAGUGGGUCCCGCUGCCCCCUGGCAAGGGAGGGCACUGAGUCUGGCCUGCCGCCUGCCGCCUACCACCCUCUUCCAUCCCUGUCUGUCCUCCGUCCCGGUCCCCAUCCCUCCUCCCCCUCCUGCAGUUCUCCAGCCAUCUUAUUCCCUUCUUUCUUCUCUCCACCAUUCACCCAUCCCUCUCUCCACAUCCUCCCUCCGCCUUCUUC